GCAAUUUUCACUUUUAGUUUUAACCUACGAGGACCCCAAUUCAUGCUCUAAAGUAUAAGUACAGCAUUAAAGCUUUUGAAAAAAGGAGAAAUAUAUGAAGAGCGACCUUACACCAAACACUUCUUCCGAUCGAAAUGCUCAAGCAUGGUUUUCAAUCAGAGAGAAAAAUAUCUGAAAAAAGUUUAUUUGCUACCAUUUCUGCAUCUUAAGCUCUAAAACCUGAAAAAAACAUUUAAAAGACUUUGUGGAACAGAGAGGUGAGAUAAAAGGGCAUAUUUUCUUGGAUUCAGAGUCACCUUUUUUCUUUUUAGGAUUCAUCUCUUUCUCUUUACCUCAAAGAGCUCAACUUUCUCUUUAUAUGUCACCUUCUCUUUUGAUCUCUCUGCACCUCUCUAAUUGCCGAAGCUUAAGAGCUUGAGUUAUGGGGACUCCUGUAAAUAUCACACUCGGGUCACAUGUUUGGGUCGAGGAUCAAGAACUCGCAUGGAUCAAUGGAGAAGUAACAGAAAUCAAAGGCACAAAUGCCACAAUCCUCACUGCAAAUGGGAAAACAAUCGUUGCUAGCAUUUCUAGUGUCUACCCAAAGGAUACAGAGGCUCCUCCUGCAGGAGUUGACGAUAUGACUAAACUGGCUUACCUCCAUGAGCCAGGGGUCCUCCACAAUCUCGCUUGCCGGUUUUCUUUAAACGAGAUAUAUACUUACACCGGAAACAUCUUGAUCGCUGUGAAUCCGUUCCAAAGACUUCCGCAUUUGUAUAGUGUUCAUAUGAUGGAGCAAUACAAAGGAGCUGCUUUUGGAGAGCUAAGCCCGCAUCUGUUUGCUGUUGCAGACACCAGUUACAGGGCGAUGAUAAAUGAGGCAAGAAGCCAGUCUAUUUUGGUAAGUGGAGAGAGCGGAGCCGGAAAAACAGAGACAACCAAAAUGCUCAUGAGGUAUCUUGCAUUCAUGGGAGGUAGAUCAGAUACUGAAGGGAGAAGCGUUGAACAACAAGUUCUAGAGUCUAAUCCAGUGUUGGAAGCCUUUGGAAACGCCAAAACUGUGAAAAACAACAAUUCAAGUUCGAUUUUGCAGGAAGUCAAGAAAUUCAAGCUAGGGGAUCCAAGGACGUUCCACUAUCUGAAUCAGACAAACUGCUAUGAGGUUUCAAAUGUAGAUGAUGCAAGAGAGUAUUUGGAGACCAGAAACGCCAUGGACAUUGUUGGCAUUGGACAAGAGGCACAGGAUGCCAUAUUCCGAGUCGUAGCUGCCAUACUUCAUCUUGGGAAUGUCAAUUUUAUCAAAGGAGAAGACGCGGAUUCUUCAAAACUCAGGGAUGAUAAAUCAAGAUAUCAUCUUCAAACAGCAGCAGAGUUACUCAUGUGCAAUGAGAAGAUGCUGGAGGACUCACUCUGCAAGCGUGUAAUUGUCACUCCCGAUGGUAACAUCACAAAGCCACUCGACCCUGAAUCAGCAGCCUUGAACCGUGAUGCUUUGGCCAAGACAGUAUACUCCAGGCUGUUUGACUGGAUUGUGGAUAAGAUCAACAGUUCAAUAGGUCAAGACCCGAAUGCUACAAGCUUGAUCGGUGUCCUCGACAUUUAUGGGUUUGAAAGCUUCAAGAUCAACAGUUUUGAGCAGCUAUGCAUCAAUCUCACAAAUGAGAAGUUGCAACAACACUUCAAUCAGCAUGUGUUUAAGAUGGAGCAAGAGGAGUACACUCGGGAGGAAAUAGACUGGAGCUAUGUUGAAUUUGUUGAUAACCAAGAUGUCUUAGAUCUUAUUGAGAAGAAACCAGGAGGCAUAAUUGCCUUACUUGAUGAAGCAUGCAUGUUUCCUAAGUCGACACAUGAGACGUUUGCACAGAAGAUGUAUCAAACAUAUAAAGGACACAAGCGUUUCAGCAAACCAAAGCUUGCCCGAACAGCCUUCACUGUCAACCAUUAUGCAGGAGAUGUUACAUACUCAGCAGAGUUUUUUCUCGACAAGAACAAGGAUUACGUUGUGGCAGAACAUCAAGCUUUGUUAGAUGCAUCAAAGUGCUCUUUUGUCGCCAAUUUGUUUCCACCACUUGCAGAGGACGCAUCAAAGCAGUCCAAGUUCUCAUCAAUCGGUACCCGUUUCAAGCAACAACUCCAAGCUCUAAUGGAGACACUGAACACAACGGAGCCCCAUUAUAUAAGAUGUGUGAAGCCAAAUACAGUUCUAAAGCCAUCGAUCUUUGAGAAUGACACCGUCCUAAACCAACUAAGAUGUGGAGGUGUUCUUGAAGCUAUAAGAAUCAGUUGUGCUGGUUAUCCAACAAAAAGAGCAUUCGAUGAGUUUCUUGAUCGUUUUGUGAUGCUAGCCACAGAUGUACCAGAAGGAUCCGACGAGAAGUCUGCAUGUGCUUCAAUCUGUGACAAAAUGGGUUUAAAAGGCUACCAGAUAGGGAAAACAAAGAUAUUUCUUAGGGCAGGACAGAUGGCUGAACUAGAUGCAAGAAGAACCGAGGUUUUGGCUGGUGCCGUUAGACACAUUCAGAGGCAGAUCAGGACUUACUUGACAAGAAAAGAGUUCCUUGGGCAGAAAAAGGCUACAAUUUAUAUCCAAAAACUCUGGAGAGCACAACUUGCACGCAAGUUAUAUCAAAACAUGCGAAGGGAAGCUGCUUCAGUUCGUAUCCAAAAGAACAUUCGUGCUCAUAGGGCAAGGAAGUGCUACACUAAGCUCCAGGCAUCAGCAACAGUUAUUCAGACCGGUUUACGGACAAUGGCUGCUCGAAACAAACAUAGGCACAGAAGAAGAACAAAGGCAGCAAUUAUAAUCCAGAGGGAAUGGAGAAGACACCAAGCUCAUGAAGCUUAUAAGCAGUACAGAAAAGCAACAUUAGCAUUACAAUGUCUGUGGAGAGCUAAAGUAGCUAGAAAAGAGCUUAAGAUGCUCAAAAUGGCUGCAAGAGAAACUGGGGCACUCAAAGAAGCCAAGGACAAGUUAGAGAAGCGUGUGGAAGAGCUAACAUGGCGUCUCGAGUUAGAGAAGCAUCAAAAGGUUGAUCUCGAAGAAGCGAAAGCACAAGAAAUCGCAAACCUACAACAUACUUUAGCUGAAUUGCAAGAGAAGCUAGAAGAAGCCCACGCUGCAAUCACACGAGAGAAAGAAGCAGCAAAAGUAGCCAUUGAACAAGCUCCACCAGUCAUCAAAGAGGUUCCAGUGGUAGACAACACUCAACUGGAGUUACUGAGCAGUCAAAACAAGGAGCUAGAAGUUGAGGUAGAGAAAUUAAAAGGAAAAAUUGAGGAGUUUGAGUCAAUAUGUUCUGCAUUUGAGAGAGAUAGCAAGGCAAAUCUAACUGAAGCAGAAGAUGCAAAAGCAAAGGCCAUUCAACUUCAAGAGGUCAUUGAAAGAUUACAUACGAACCUGUCAAAUCUUGAAUCCGAGAAUCAGGUCUUGCGCCAGGAGGCUUUAGCCGAUUCAACAAGCGCCGAAGAGUCUGCAGAGUUAAACAGUCUGAAGGACAGGGUUACAAUGCUAGAGUCAGAAAAUGAAUCUCUUCGAAGACAGACAGCUUCUGUAGAGAAGAAAGUGCGUCCUGAAGCAGUUCUUGCAUCCGCGAAGGAUGAGAAUCAUGAAAAUGGACAUCAAACAGAAGAGAUUCAGGAGCCAAGGAAUCCAAUCACUGUGUUAGCAAAACAAAGAUCCCUAACAGAUAGGCAACAGGAGAGCCAUGAUCUGCUGAUCACAUGCCUCACCGACGAGAGAAGGUUCGAUAACGACAGAUCUGUGGCAGCAUGGAUAGUUUACAAGGCACUACUUCAAUGGAGAUCAUUCGAAACAGAGAAAACAAACAUAUUUGAUAGAAUUGUUCAUAAAAUUCGAUCAUGCAUUGAGAAGAACCAAGAUAACACAAGGGAACUAACUUACUGGCUCACAACAAGCGCUACUCUAUUGUAUCUUCUACAAUCUACACUCAAGUUCAUCAAUACAAACAAUACGGCUUCAAGACGUAACAGAUCACCACAGACUAUACUAUUUGGGAGAUUGGUCCAAGGAAUGCAAUCAUCUUCAGUGGGGUUGGAGAAAACCAGUGGCUAUAGUGGGAUGGUUGGAAUAUCAAAUGAACAACAACAGAUGGUUGAAGCUAAAUACCCAGCUUUACUAUUCAAGCAACACUUAGCAGCAUACGUUGAGAAAACAUAUGGAAUGAUCCGAGAUAACUUGAAGAAAGAGAUAAACCCAUUAUUAAAUCUCUGUAUCCACGCACCAAGACCAACGAGAGCCAGAUCAUUGCGAGACGUGACUAAAAGCAGCCACUUGAACACAACUGCUAAGCAACAUGCAUCAUAUGUACAAUGGCAGAACAUUAUCAACAAGCUUGAACAUACCUUGACCUUUAUGGCAGAGAAUCAUGUCCCAUCUAUGAUCACAAGAAAACUCUUCCAUCAGGUUUUCUCGUACAUCAAUGUGCAGCUCUUUAACAGUUUGUUGCUUCGCCGAGAGUGUUGUUCGUUUAGCAACGGAGAAUAUCUGAAAAUGGGCUUGCAUGAAUUAGAGCAGUGGUGCCUCAAGGCAGAAGACGAGGCAGCAAGAUCACCAUGGGAUGAACUUCAACACAUUAGGCAAGCAGUGAAGUUUCUGGUCUUGCAUCAAAAGACACAAAAAUCAUUGGACGAGAUCACAAAAGAGAUAUGCCCGGUACUAAGCAUUCCACAAGUAUAUCGAAUUGGGACAAUGUUUUGGGACGACAAAUAUGGAACCCAAGGACUCUCCCCAGAGGUGAUUAAGCAGAUAAGAAAACUAAUGGUGGAAGAUUCAGUCAACAUGACUUACCCUUCUUUCUUGCUAGAUGUUGAUUCGAGCAUUCCUUUCUCAGUGGAAGAAGUUUCGCAAUCUUUCCACAAUGGAACCAUUAGCCUCUCCGACGUUGAUCCACCGCCGCUUCUCCGCCAGCGAUCUGAUUUCCACUUCUUGUUCCAGACAUUGCCGGAGUAAUUCAGACAAACGAAUCGUCUAGACGAAACCUUCUCUUUCUUAUAGAAGGUCUGGUUCCAACGGCUGCAAUUUUUUUUAUAAUUAUUUUAUUUUAUUAAGCCAUGAUUUUUGCAUAUAUUACAGAAACAAAAGCUUUUUCCAUUUUCUCUCCAUUCUUUUUUUACACAAGAAGCAAGAAAGCUUCU